CUGCUGUGCUUAGACCACAACUCUAAAUAAUACGCACUAACUAAAAAUACUCUGUCUCUAAACAGCCAACUUGGAGAUCACUUUGCCAUGUACAUGUACAUUUACAAGUACUGUGUUUUACCUAAACGAGCCCUCUUCCAACUUGGCAAGCUGAAAACCAAUUCUUCUUCUUCAUAACUCCUCCUAAAUCAAACUAACACAUGGAAAUAAUCACUUCCAGAGGGCAAAAAUUAUACACGGAACAAGUAAUGAAAGAAAAGGAAGAACAAGAAAAGAAAAAUUAAUGUAUGAGAUUUUACGCACACUUCCUGGAGGAAAUACCAGGCUGGCAAACCUGGACUGUUUGUUUCCUAGGUUACUACCUCUCCCGACAUUAUCUUCCAGCCCUAGCACUGAAGAAUUUACUGAAGGAUCUGAAAUUUUAUAAUGAAACACUAAGGAAUCAUCAAUUUGUUAGUAACUCACAAAUUCCUAUACAGGAAUUUAGCUUAAGAACAAAAAAUAAAGGAGAAAGGGCGACAGUUGAUACCCCAGACAGCUCUAUUCAAGUUUAUGAAUGAUCUACUCUUAAGGGUGGCAAGACUUAAUGCAAAUGAACACAGAGGAAACUGUCAGCUCCAUUGUGGUUCGACCAAUAGAAGCACAGCUCCAUCUUGGCUGUGCACUAGACUGCAUUACAAACAGACGAUACCAUCGCUUCAACAGCAUCCUCUCAGACAAGAGUCACUAUUUCCUGAUUGAGAUCACCUGUCAUCAAAGAUUAAAGGAGGGGAAACAGAAGACAGAAAUACACUGAACCAAAAAGAUUCAAAAGAGCAAUAUAAGAAGUGGAAUCUCUAAGAAUGGCUUCCAGCCACUGGAAUGAAACCACUGCCUCUGUUUAUCAGUACCUUGGUUUUCAAGUUCAAAAAAUUUACCCUUUCCAUGACAACUGGAACACUGCCUGCUUUGUCAUCCUGCUUUUAUUUAUAUUUACAGUGGUAGCUUUAGUGGUGCUGGCUUUCCUUUAUGAAGUGCUUGACUGCUGCUGCUGUGUAAAAAACAAAACUGUGAAAGACUUGAAAAGUGAACCCAACCCUCUUAGAAGUAUGAUGGACAACAUCAGAAAACGUGAAACGGAAGUGGUCUAACAUGACAGAAGAUGAACAAAAUCUCUGAAAGCAGUUCAAUCUCUUCUGAGGAAAAAAAAACCUUCUGAAGCCAACUGUUACUACAAAACAAAUUCUGACUGAAUGGUUAAAAGAUUUCUAGUAGAAGGGGAAAAACAAAUUAAAUAUGCACUGCUUGUGUGUGUAGCCCUUUCAUUAAAUAUACAGUAAAACUUCACAAAUGUGAAUUUACCUACCUAUUUAUCGCUGACGCUUCAAAAAAUGGAUAAAAGAUUCCUAGAGUUCAAUGUUGAGCAGCAAAAGGUAAGCUGGAAAACACAGGCAAGGCUAAUGAUGCUAAAAUAAUUUUAUGCCUGACCACUUCAUUUAGCUCAAAAAAUUGUGUGUGGUAAGGAGAAUGCUAUUUAAAAUGUGUUUCUAAGUCUAAAGUAAAAUACUUCCACU